CGGGAGCGCAGCCGCGCGGAGCUGAAGCAGCAGUCGGGAGCGCUGCCCCGCCGCGGGCCGGCUGGAGGAAGUAGCGCCGCGACCCGGCGCCAAGGGUGACCCGGGUCUGGAGCGCAGACCCCGGCCCUGAGAGCGACCCCGGACCGAGCGCAGACCCCAGCCCCGAGCGCAGAUCCCGGCCCUGAGCGCGGCCUCGCCCGCCCGGGCCGCCGGGCCGCGGGCAUGGACGGCGCCCGUUCGCCCUAGAUGGACGACGAUGGCGGCCGCCGAGACGCCCCCGGCGCACUGAUGGAGGCCGGGCGCGGUGCGGGGCCCGCGGGCAUGGCGGAGCCGGCGGCGGUGCCGCGGGCGCGGGCGGCGCGGCCCGGGCCCCAGCGCUUCCUGCGACGCAGCGUGGUGGAUUCUGACCAGGAGGAGCCGCCGGGCCUGGAGGGGGCCGAGUCGCCGGGCGCGCAGCCCCCGCAGCCGCUGCAGCGAAGGGUGCUGCUACUCUGCAAGACGCGCCGCCUCAUCGCCGAGCGCGCCCGCGGUCGCCCGGCCGUCCCCGCGCCUGCCGCGCCUGCCGCGCCGCUGGGCGACCUUGCCGACCCCGGUCUUGAGCCCGCGGGCGCUCAGGAGCCUGGCCCGGACCCCGCGCCCUCGCCCGCGCCUGCCCCCGAGGGCGGCCCCCGCGAGGAGGAGGCGGCGGCGGCCGCGAGGAAGGAGGACGUGGGGGCUCUCGAGGCGAGGCCAGAGUUCGGGCGCGCACGCCGGGAGGAGCCCGAGGAGGAGGACGACGACGAGGACGACCUCAAGGCUGUGGCCACCUCCCUGGACGGCCGCUUCCUCAAGUUCGACAUUGAGCUUGGCCGCGGUUCCUUCAAGACGGUCUACAAGGGUCUGGACACGGAGACCUGGGUGGAGGUAGCCUGGUGUGAGCUGCAGGACCGGAAGCUCACCAAACUGGAGAGGCAGCGGUUCAAGGAGGAGGCCGAGAUGCUGAAGGGCCUGCAGCACCCCAACAUUGUGCGCUUCUAUGACUUCUGGGAGUCCAGUGCCAGGGGGAAGCGGUGCAUCGUGCUGGUGACUGAACUGAUGACCUCGGGGACGCUGAAGACGUACCUGAAGCGGUUCAAGGUGAUGAAGCCCAAGGUCCUGCGCAGCUGGUGCCGGCAGAUCCUGAAGGGCCUGCUGUUCCUGCACACCAGGACGCCCCCCAUCAUCCAUCGGGACCUCAAGUGCGACAACAUCUUUAUCACCGGACCCACAGGGUCUGUGAAGAUUGGCGACUUGGGCCUGGCCACCCUCAAGAGAGCAUCCUUUGCCAAGAGUGUGAUAGGUACCCCUGAGUUCAUGGCACCAGAGAUGUAUGAGGAGCAUUACGAUGAGUCCGUGGAUGUUUAUGCCUUCGGGAUGUGUAUGCUGGAGAUGGCCACCUCGGAGUACCCCUACUCGGAGUGCCAGAACGCCGCCCAGAUCUACAGGAAGGUCACCUGUGGCAUCAAGCCGGCCAGCUUUGAGAAAGUGCAUGAUCCUGAAAUCAAGGAGAUUAUUGGGGAGUGUAUCUGCAAAAAAAAGGAGGAAAGGUACGAGAUCAAGGACCUGCUCAGCCACGCCUUCUUCGCGGAGGACACAGGUGUGAGGGUGGAGCUGGCUGAGGAGGACCAUGGCAGGAAGUCCACCAUCGCCCUGCGGCUCUGGGUUGAGGACCCCAAGAAACUGAAGGGCAAGCCCAAGGACAAUGGGGCCAUAGAAUUCACCUUUGACCUGGAGAGGGAGACGCCGGAUGACGUGGCGCAGGAAAUGAUCGAGUCAGGAUUUUUCCAUGAGAGCGAUGUGAAGAUUGUGGCCAAGUCCAUCCGUGACCGCGUGGCAUUGAUCCAGUGGCGGCGGAAGAGGAUCUGGCCAGCGCUGCAGCCCCAGGAGCAGCGGGACCCCGGCAGCCCUGACAAGGCCAGGGGCCCACCCACACCCCUGCAGGUCCAGGUGACCUACCACUCUCAGGCUGGGCCGCCAGAGCUGGAGGAGCCCGAGGCCGACCAGCACCUCCUCACCCCUGCGCUGCCGGCCAGCGCCACCUCCCUGGCCUCGGACAGCACGUUUGACAGUGGCCAGGGCUCCACGGUGUAUUCGGACUCGCAGAGCGGCCAGCAGAGCGUUGUGCUGGGCUCGCUGGCAGAUGGAGUGCAGCCCCCCGCCCAGUGUGUGUGCAGCCCCCCCGUGAGCGUGAGUGACGGGCCUGUCCUGCCACAUAGCCUGCCCUCACUGGGGGCCUACCAGCAGCCUGCCGUGCCUGGCCUGUCGGUGGCCUCCAUCCCGCCCCCCGCCCGCCCUCUGCUCCCACAGCAGCCUUUCCCAGAGCCGGCCAUGAGCUUCGCCCCUGGGCUGCCGCCGCCCAGUGCCCCUGUGCCGACGGGCCCAGGCCAGCCCACACCCCCCGCCCACCAGCCUCCUCACCUGACCCAGCCGGUACCCCUGCCACAGGUCCUGGCCCCACAGCCUGUGGGCCCUCUCCAGCCGGUGCCCCCCAACCUGCCUCCACACCUGGCUCCAGCCUCCCAGGUGGUGGCGGCCCCUGCUCAGCUGAAGCCCCUCCAGAUGCCUCCGGUGCCCCUGCAGCCACUUGCUCAAGUCCCUCCGCAGAUGCCUCCACUUCCUGUUGUCCCCCCCAUCACUCCACUGGCCACAGUCGACAGCCUCCCUGCAGCCCUUCCUGACCUGCCAGCCACCAGUGGGCCCGCCGUGCCUCCCCCCUCUCAGUAUUUCUCUCCGGGUGUCAUCUUGCCAAGCCUCCCACUCAGUGCCACCACUGCUCCCCUGCCCACGUCACCGGCCCUGCCUCUGCAGACAGUCAAGCUGCCCCACCCUCCUGGGGCACCACUGGCCGUGCCAUGCCGGACCAUCGUGCCAAACGUGGCGGCCACUGCUACUGGCGUCCCUCUGCUGGCUGUGGCUCCGCAGGGCGUGGCUGCCCUGUCCAUUCACCCCACCGUGGCCCAGCUCCCUGCCCAGCCCGUGUACCCGGCGGCCUUUCCGCAGAUGGUGCCCAGCGACGUCCCGCCUUCUCCCCUCCAUGCAGCGCAGACUGUGCGGGCUGCCCUCCCCCACCCGGCACCCCCCGUGCUGCCACAACCCCACAAGCCGAGUGUUGCCCGCCUUGCCGAGCAGGCAGCUCCGGCCGCCAGUGCUGGGAGUCAGAUCCUGCUUGGCCACCCGCCUCCAUAUGCCGUGGACGUCACCACCCAGGUCCCCACAGUGCCCACGCCUGCUGCCGUUCUCUCCCCACCUCUGCCAGAAGUGCUGCCGCCUACUGCCCCCGAGCUCCUGCCUCAGCUCCCCGGCUCCCUGGCCCCCACAUUGAUGGCGGCUGCUCAGAGCUUGCCUGUCCAGACCACUGCGCUCCUGCCACCUGCUAACCUGCCACUGCCCAGCGGGCCUGGGAUCACUGGUCCCUGCCCAGCCGUUCAGCUGACUGUGGAGCUGGCCCCGGAGGAGCAGGCCUCGCAGGACAAGCAGCCAAGCCUCCCUCAGAGCUGUGAGAGCUAUGGAGGUUCCGACGUCACUUCUGGAAGAGAGAUGAGUGACAGCUGUGAAGGUGCAUUUGGUGGGGGGAAGCUGGAAGGCAAGGCCACUCGGAAACAUCACCGCAGGUCCACGCGUGCACGCUCCCGCCAGGAGAGGGCCAGCCGGCCCCGGCUGACCAUCCUGAAUGUGUGCAACACGGGUGACAAGAUGGUGGAGUGCCAGCUGGAGACACACAACCACAAGAUGGUGACGUUCAAGUUUGACCUGGAUGGGGAUGCACCUGACGAGAUUGCUACCUACAUGGUAGAGCACGACUUCAUCCUGCAGGCUGAGCGGGAGACAUUCAUUGAGCAGAUGAAGGACGUCAUGGACAAGGCAGAGGACAUGCUCAGUGAGGACACGGAUGUGGACCGUGGCUCUGACCCUGGGGUGAGCCCGCCGCACCUCAGCACCUGUGGCCUGGGCUCUGGGGAGGAGAGUCGCCAACCCCAAGCGAAUGCCCCGGUGUAUCAGCAAAAUGUCCUUCACACUGGGAAGAGGUGGUUUAUCAUCUGUCCAGUGGCUGAGCAUCCAGCAGCAGAGGCCCCCGAAUCUUCACCCCCACUUCCUCUGAGCUCCCUGCAGCCAGACACCAGCCAAGAUCCAGUGUUCUGUAAAGGCCAGCUGUCUUUGAAGGAAAAACCCAGCUUCUCGGCUAGUCUGCAGCUUUUGAGCCAAGCAGGCCUCAGGGACCCUCCUGGUGGUGCACCAUCCCCUUUGGUGCCAUCAUCCCCUCCCGUGACUGCUGUGCCCCAAGACGUGGCCCCACCAGCUGCCAGUCCUAAGCCAGAGCCAGCAACAGGGGCUGCCAUGCAGGCAGGGGUCCCAGGGACCCCUCAGGGGCUGGCCAGUGAGCAUAAGACCCCCUGGCUACUAGUGGAGACUCAUGAUGCCCAGCUUGCUGCACAGGCCCCUGGCACAGGCCAAGGGCCUUGUGCCCCAUCUCUGGAGGCCCCAGCCCACUCCAUGGGUCUGGGGGAUCCUGGCUCAGCCAGAGAGCCCAGCACCAGGGGGGAGCCCCUGUUGGCUUUGGCUCCUGUGUCUGGUGCCCCUGGCGGGGCCCCUCAGCCCACCCUGGGCCAGCCCCUUCCUCCACUCCCCUCUGUGGUGGGCGCCAUCAGCCUGGCCACUCCCCAACUUCCCAGCCCCCCACUGGCACCUGCCGCCCCCCCUCAGCCGCCCUCAGCCUUGGAGUCAGAUGGGGAAGGGCCACCCCCAAGGGUGGGCUUCGUGGACAGCACCAUCAAGAGCCUGGAUGAGAAGCUGCGGACUCUGCUCUACCAGGAGCAUGUGCCCACCUCCUCAGCCUUGGCCGGGACCCCUGUGGAGGCAGGUGACCGAGACUUCAUCCCGGAGCCCCCAAGAGGGGACGAACCCCGCACAGAGGCCGCUGGGGGUGACCUGGCCCUGCUGCCCCAGCCUGCGUUGGAAAAGUCAGAAACGGCCCUUGGAUUAGAUGUCACGUUGGAGCAGGCCACGUCCUUGCCAGUGACAGCAGAAUCGUCUUUGAGCAGCAUGCUGGGCUGUGAGGGAGGACAGGUGGCCUCAGAUUCGCCUGUAGUACCCAGUGUCCCCCAGGAUGCCCCUGCUUCUGCCAUCCCUGCACAUCUGGAGCCCACAGAUUGGACCAGCAGGGUCCCUGGGGAAACCUUGGCCGAGUCCACGCAGAGCUGCCCGGGGACAUUGACUCAGCGUGGCCAGGACAGCCAUCCCCAGACACACAGCACUCUGGUCUCGGGAUCCCCUCAGAAGUGGCCAGGGCAGCAGGAUGGCAGCUCGCCAGCCAAAACUGUGGGCCGGUUCUCAGUGGUCAGCACCCAGGAUGAGUGGACUCUGGCCUCCCCCAGUAGCCUGCGGUACUCAGCCCCACCUGACGUGUACCUGGACGAGGCCCCCCGCAGCCCAGACAUGAAGCUGGCUGUGCGGCGGGCACAGACGGCCUCCUCCAUUGAGGUCGGCAUGGGCGAGCCCAUGUCCAGUGACUCUGGGGACGAGUGCCCUCGAAGGAGGCCCCCCAUGCAGAAGCACACCUCCCUGCCUGGCAGCGGUGGUGGUGUGGCCAGUGACUUUGUGAAGAAGGCCACUGCCUUCCUGCACAGGUCCUCUCGGGCUGGCUCCCCAGGCCUGGAGACACCCAGCAGGAUGGGCGUGAAGGUCCCCACCAUCAGCGUGACCUCCUUCCACUCCCAGUCAUCCUACAUCAGCAGUGACAAUGACUCAGAGAUCGAGGAUGCUGAUAUCAGAAAGGAGUUGCAGAGUCUUCGAGAGAAGCAUCUGAAGGAGAUCUCGGAGCUACAGAGUCAGCAGAAGCAGGAGAUCGAGGCCCUGUACCGCCGCCUAGGCAAGGCGCUGCCCCCCAACCUGGGUCUCUUCCACACGGCACCUCCAGUCGGCCGCCGGAGAAAGACCAGCAAGAGCAAGCUGAAGGCGGGGAAGUUGCUAAACCCCCUGGUGCAGCAGCUCAAGGUCGUGGCCUCCAGCACAGGUCACUUGUCAGACUGCAGCAGAGCCCCUCCUGCUAAGGACCCUGCCCAAGCUGGGGCAGGGCCCACAGCAGCUUCAGACCCAUGUGGGAAGGCAGUUCAGACCCAGCAGCCUUGCUCCGUGCGGGCCUCCCUGACUGCAGACAUCUGCUCCGGCUUGGCCAGUGAUGGAGGCGGAGCGCAUGGCCCAGGCUGGACGGUUUACCACCCAACGUCUGAGAGAGUGACCUAUAAGUCUAGUAGCAAACCUCGCGCUCGAUUCCUCAGUGGACCCGUGUCUGUGUCCAUCUGGUCUGCCUUGAAGCGUCUCUGUCUAGGCAAAGAGCACAGCAGUCGGUCCUCCACCAGCAGCCUGGUCCCGGGCCCUGAGCCGGGCCCCCAACCUGCCCUGCACAUCCAGGCGCAGGCGAACAACAGCAACAACAAGAAAGGCACCUUCACGGACGACCUGCACAAGUUGGUGGACGAGUGGACAAGCAAGACGGUUGGGCCCACACAGCUGAAGCCGUCACUCAACCAGUUGAAGCAGACGCAGAAGUUGCAUGACAUGGAGGCCAUGGCAGGCUGGCCCCCGGCCUCUGGCGAGGCACGGGCUAUGAACACGUCUCGAACAGCAGUGGGGAUGCCAUGUCUGGCCCCGGCACCCAGCCCUCUACCCACCGCGGUCAUUCCUGGAGCUGCCUCAGCCCAGCCUGUGCCCAUGCCAGGUACUGCUCUCUCCUGCCUUCCAGCCCCGCCCUAUGCACUGCCUCUGGGCCAGUAUGGAAGCCUGAUCCCAGCUCCAGUGUCCUGGGGGCCCUGGGCAGCCCAAGCAGGCAGCUGGAGCCUUGAUGAGGGGCCAGGCUUGGGUGCAACAGGCACGCCAGCACUCCCCAUGUUCUUGUGGCCACCUAUGGUCAGCAUGCCCGGCCCCAGGCUGCGGAUCACAUAGCUCCUCUGUCUCACCACUUGCCAAGUGGAACGUACUGAACUGAAUAGCCCAGAGGAGUCAGGUUGUGGUUUGGCCUCCAAGUCCUGCCCCGCCUGCCCAUGGGUGCCCAGCCAGGGCAGCAGUCCUUGCUUUCUUUAUUGCUGCAGACCUUGUUCCCUCUUAGUUUCCCAUGGUCUACACUUGCUGUCUUUGCACUCACUUCCUGUACUUGAGUUGAUGGUUAGAACAUUGUAAUCACCCUGCAGAAGUACAGUGCCUUGAAUUCCAGCUUUUCCAUUCCCUGAUGGAAAGAGAUGUUUUAAAAAAUCAUGUAUCAGAAAAGAUGUAUUUCAUUUACAGUUGGCUUGUGUAUUGAUAUCUCUAUUUCCCGUGUUAAGUUGCAGACAUGAAUGGUUUGAAAGUCUGAAGCUAAAGUCUGAUCUUGACUUUUCUGUUGUAUGUGCUUUAAAAAAAAUUGAACUAGUGAAUUGAAUUGAAGAGUUGCAAAUGCUAGAAGAGUUCUGCUUUGUACUCAUAAAACGAGGUCUCUCCAGCUCUAUGGUCAUAGAUAGCAAACAGAUGGACACACUCCUUCAACUGCAGUGCCAUGGGCACUGCCAGCAAACUGCCCAGGGAUGCAUGGUUAUUGGGGCAGUGCAUUGCUACUGGUAGUUGGUCUCUUAGUCAGGAACGUUAGCAUCUGUGUUUGGCUCUGUGGAACCUGCUGUAAAGCGCUAGGUAAGCAGACACGCCCUCAUGACCCAAAGCCCGCAGGGCUGCUGUGAGUGUGGGGGGAGGUACAGGUGUGUGUCUGGUGCAGGAGCACAGGCAGGCCGCCUGCUCUGCAGAGACAGUGGACCCCUUCUGCUCUGGGGCCUGCCAACCCUCCUACUGACCUACCUUCCUUUUCUGUCAUUUGCACUGAGGCCUGUGGCCACUUGGGCCUAGCUUUGCCAUGUGUUCACAGGCUGCUCCACCCACCUCUGGCCUCCAGACUGUUCUCCAUGCACUGAGGUUGCCCUGCUGGGGGUGGGAGUGUUCCUCUCCUGGAAAUUUCAGUGGGACUCAUCCCAGACAGGCACCAGACAGCCCAGGGUGGGAACUGAAGGCCCUGCUCCUCACUGACCAAGAUGUUUCCCAUUUCCCACUGGGAGGCAGCUGGUUGGGCUGCCCAGCUGUGAAUUGUAUAGUUCUGCUGUACUUUGGGACUUUACUAGGACUGGCUGAAUUAUUUUGGUUUAAAUAUGUUAUUCCAUCCAUUCAGUUAGAAUUGAAUUUUCUAGGUGAUUAUACAGACUCUUCUGCCAGGCCAUGAUACUGUAGUAAGAGAUUUCUGUUCUCUGUAAUGUGCCCCUUGGUCCUUGGGUUGAGAAUCAUGUGCGCCUGGUUCCUGAGGGUGGUGGAAGCCGCCCUCUUCCCGCUCCCCUUGCUGUACCAGACAUGUGGUUUGGAGUCCUGGCCUUGUAUGUGAACGGUCAGUGGCACAGACUCCCCAGGAGAUUGUAUAUUUGAAGGAGAAAAAUAAACAUUUUUGCUUGAAAACAG